AUGGCAGCUUUUUUCGCCUUUCGGACAGUGGCAAGAGAGCCGUACAACGCUUGCGCGGUCAAGGAGCAACGACUACCUCUCAGUCAAACCGGUCUCAUUUUCAACAUUCAUACGCUUGAAGUCCCAGAAGGGGUGGCGGAGAUGAUCACAAUGUUCCACGUCACAGGGGCGUACAUCUAUGUCGAUCCGGAUGGGAACCCGAUCGGAGUGGAGGACGUUUUCAGCAAGAUCGAUGCUGCGAAGAAGCAUUAUGAGAGUGUGGGGCUCAGUGCCGGUUUUGCAAACCAAUUUAUUAGGUAG